GUCUAAAGUCUGCUUUUUUUUAUAAUUUUUGUUCUCCAAUACCCUCAAUAUACCCAGCGCUUCCGCAUAGAGCGAAAUCUCACCCCAAUACGUUCCUUCUAUCUCCCAAAUAACUUUUCUCAGUUUCCAGUUUAUUUAUCUGAAAAAAUUCCACCGGUUGAUAAUAAUUAUAAAAAAGUUAAAUAAAUAAUGGCUGCUAUCGCCGAGCCUCAAAAGAUGAAUCUAAAUGGUUAUGUAGGUUUUGAUUCUAUCACCCGACAAAUUGAAAAGAAGUUACUAAAACGCGGCUUUCAGUUCAACGUAAUUGUUGUUGGCCAAACUGGACUUGGUAAAUCAACUCUCAUCAACACCAUUUUCGCUGCCCACUUGAUUGAUAGUAAGGGUCGUACUAGCUCCGAGGAACCUUUCAGGCAAACAACUGAAAUUCAAACUGUAUCACAUUUAAUUGAAGAAAAUGGAAUUCGUUUGAGACUUAAUAUUGUUGAUACUCCCGGUUAUGGUGAUCAAGUUAAUAAUGAAAACUGUUGGGAGCCAAUUAUUAAGUACAUUAAAGACCAGCAUAGUGCUUAUUUACGCAAAGAACUUACUGCUAUGCGUGAACGUUAUAUUCAAGAUACCAGAAUUCAUUGUUGCUUAUUCUUUAUUUCUCCAACUGGUCAUGCACUGAAACCUAUUGACAUUGUGGUACUUAGAAAACUUUCUGAAGUUGUCAAUGUCGUUCCAGUCAUUGCCAAAUCUGAUUCUUUGACAAUGGAAGAACGUGUGGCCUUCAAACAAAGAAUAAAGUCCGAAUUAGCCUUUCAUAAUAUCAAGUUAUAUCCUUAUGAUUCUGAUGAGCUUGAUGAUGAUGAGCGGGCACUCAACGAACGUAUCAAGCAAAUGAUCCCAUUCGCUAUUGUUGGAUCUGAAAAAAAUGUAGUAAUUGAUGGUAAAUCCGUUCGCGGGCGAAGAAAUCGAUGGGGUGUUAUUAAUGUGGAAAAUGAAGAUCAUUGUGAAUUUGUCCAUCUUCGAGAUUUUCUCACACGAACCCACCUUCAGGAUCUUAUUGAAACUACUGCUCAAAUUCAUUAUGAGGCAUUCCGUUCAAAACAAUUGUUGGCUUUGAAAGAAACCAGUAGCAAGCAACAUGAACAACAGCAACAACAAUCACAACCUGUGCAGCCGCAAGUAGGACCUGGUGGACCAGUUAUUUAAAAUAGAACAACGUAAAAAAAAAGAUUGAAAAUUCAAGGGGGUAAAGGAGGUAACGGGUAAUGUGGGUUUUAGAAAUUAUAUUGUAUUUUCUUAUUUUUAGAAUAUAUUUCAUAAAUUACUUCACUUUUUUUAACUUACCGUAACUUUUUCCUUGAUAUAUUUUGUUUGAAAUUUAUUUAUAUUUCAUUUUUGUUUAAAUAAUUUUGUUUAGAACUUUGGAUAUUUAUACGUCAUUAUUUUUAUAUAUUUAUUAUUAUCUUGAUAUAUGAUAAGCAGAAUGUAUACUCGGAAUUUAAUAUUUAAUUUUAUUUUGAAAUCCGAGUGAUGAAAGAUCAUUUUAUUGUUGGGAAACCUUUAAAAUUAUUUAUCAAUACUUUAAUCUGCAAACAAAUAUUAAUAAUAUUUUUUUUUUUCAUUUUCUUUGAAUUAACCCAUUUUAUUGUACCCAAUUUUUUAUUUGAAUUAAAAAAAAAUCACUAAUUAUCUAAUAAAUUAUAU